AUGUUGGCCACUAGUUUAUUGCCACAUUGCCAGCCAGCCCAUAUGUCAACCUCCUCCACCUCCCCUUGCCAUCUCUUGUUGACAAUCCACUUUAUCAUCUCUCUCUCUCUCCCCAUGGUGUCAUUAGCAUCACAUCACCCAUUCACAGGCAGCAAGGCAGAUCACAGGCUCACAGCUGCCUGCAAUACCAUCCCUUCCCUUCUCCUCAAGCAUCACCAACCUUCCAGCUUCCCACUUCCACACACACUCCACCUUGUCUUCUCCCUUCUCCUCCGAUCGAUCGGUCCCAUGGGCGGCGGCGUCCAAGAAGAGGAGGCCGGCAAGCCGCCGCUGGUGCCGGCGGUGGUGGUCAAGGGGAAGCGCAGCAAGAGGCAGCGCGUGCACGCGCCGCCGGUGGUGUUGACGGCGGAGUGGUCGUCGUCCGCGGCGUCCGCGACGGCGCCCGCCGGGGAGGAUUCCGGGACGUCGCGGUCGGUGGACGAGGCCGCUUCCACCGGGUGCGUCACCGAGGAGGAGGACAUGGCGCUCUGCCUCAUGCUCCUCGCGCGCGGCGAGCCGGCGGCGGCGUCGGCCAAGGAUGGGGAGCUGGUGGUGGCCAAGGAGGCCAGGUUCCGCAGCCGGCGCCCGGCCGAAGGAGCCACCGCCGGUGAGUUUGUCUACGAGUGCAAGACGUGCAACAAGUGUUUCCCGUCCUUCCAGGCGCUCGGCGGCCACCGCACCAGUCACAAGAAGCCCCGCCUGCUUCCGCCAGCUCCAACGCCGCAGCUGUCCGAGGAAAAGAAGCCGACCGCUGCUGACACGGUGGCGCCGUCGCUUCCUUCUCAACCGCUGCCCCCGGCGCAAGCGACCGCCGAUGCAACAGUGCUCGCGAUCCCGGUCCCGGUGGUGCCAAAGCAAGAACCUGACCUGGGCACCGCCUCUGCCAUCACCGUCGCCACGAGCAGCAGCUCGAAGCACCUGAGGGUGCACGAGUGCUCCAUCUGCGGCGCCGAGUUCGCGUCGGGGCAGGCGCUCGGCGGGCACAUGCGGCGGCACCGGCCGCUCGUGCCGGCGGCGACCGCGCGGGAUGACGCGCCCAGGAAGGAGAAGAGCCUCCUUGAGCUGGACCUCAACAUGCCCGCCCCCUGCGACGAGGCGGAGACAUCGCCACCGGCGCCUUUCGCUUUCGCCGUCGCGGAGAGGGCGACCGCGCCGCUGCUCUUCCCGUCGGCGGCGGUGGCGUCGGCCUUGGUUGACUGCCAUUACUAGUAACCACCGAUAGCUCCUCUGCUUCUCAUCUGAUACAUAAUUACAUACACACCACUUCUAUUUGUUGUCUAAAUAUUUUCUCUUUUUUUUGGCUAUUUUGAUUCCAUUAUUUGUUCAAAUGAUUGAAAUUUGGAAUGGGCGAUUUGAAUUAUUGGUACAAAAAUAUGCUUGAGAUA